AUUCUAUGUCACGUAUGAGGAAAUAAUCCUCGGCACUGUAGACCGUAGACGUCGUCGUUUUGUACAGUUUAAAACCUGCAUCAUAUAAUCGGAAUAUAGUGUUUUUGUACCACAGGUGAAGUAAUGGCACUUGCUGAAGUUAUCGGUUUUAAACCUUAUUCUGAACUCAUGGGUCAGAUGUUUAGUGCAAGACAGACGCAUCUCAUCGACCGACCAAACCACUACAGCUUUGGGACAAAAAUUCAGGAAUUUGCUGUCCCACUGGGCGAGGAGCCUUCAGGGUUCAUCGGGUCCUGUAACCGUGACGGAGGAGUUUGUAUCGAUCUGAACCAUGGAACCACGACUCUGGCCUUCAAGUUCAGACAUGGAGUUAUUGUGGCUGUGGACUCCAGAGCUUCAGCUGGACGUUAUUUAGCUUCCAACAAUGUCAACAAGGUGAUAGAGAUCAACCCGUACCUGCUGGGCACCAUGUCGGGCAGCGCUGCAGACUGCCAGUACUGGGAGAGACUCCUGGCCAAAGAGUGCAGGCUGUACAGGCUGAGGAACAACCACCGGAUCUCUGUGGCCGCUGCCUCAAAGCUCUUGUGUAACAUGAUGCUGGGUUACAGAGGGAUGGGUCUCUCCAUGGGGAGCAUGAUCUGUGGAUGGGACAAAGAGGGUCCUGGUCUGUACUAUGUGGAUGACAACGGGACGCGUCUGUCAGGUCGCAUGUUUUCUACCGGCUGCGGGAACAGCUACGCCUACGGAGUGGUGGACAGCGGCUACAGGGAAGACAUGACAGCAGAGGAGGCGUAUGAGCUCGGCCGCCGGGCCAUCGCUCACGCUACACACAGAGACGCCUACUCUGGUGGACUGGUAAACAUGUACCACAUGCAGGAGGACGGCUGGAUAAAAGUGUGUCAGGAAGACGUCUCUGAGCUGAUCCACCGUUACAGAGCGGGGAUGUUCUGAGUCCUGAAUCCAGAUUACUGUAAUACUCACUGUUAACACACAGAUGUUCCAAUAAACUUCUUAUGGUUGAUGGUUCUUAACUGAAUUUUAAUAUUAAAAUAAAGCAUGUUGAAAUUGCAGUUCAUGUACAUUUUUACAUGGUUAAGUAUAGAUUUGUUUACGUAAUAGCAAGAUAAAAAUGAAAUGGCCCUCUUAACACCACAGUUUCAAAUAAAUCCUUUUUAACUCAA